CAGCAGUUGCAAAAUGCAGAAUUGCAAAAUCUCUAAGACUGCUGUAGGUGUAAACAAAUUUUUUAAUAACAUAGAAAAAUGUGGUUUUCUGCCUGGCUGCUAUGCGGUGUUAGAAAUGGCGUAGCAUUUAAUGCUUAACGUAAUGUGCUGAAUUCCGUUUCAGUUAUGACUACUAUCUGGCAGCAAGUAUUAGCAUUGGAUGCACGAUAUAACACCUAUCGAGCACCUAAUAACCCUCAUUUCCGCACUUUAUAUAUUAGGCGUCGAAGUCAGCUGCUGAGGGAAAAUGCAAAACAAGAACAGCAUAAUCCAGUUGCCAGGAAACAGUAUUUACGAUUACGUAAUCAGUUACUUGCUCAACGUUAUGGAGUUUCCCUUGAUCAGGCGAGUCUCAGAAGUCGAAGUAUGGGUGCUCGAAGUAAUAGUCGAGUCACAUUAGAAACAAGUGAUUCAUUUGAAAGCCGUAUUGCAUUAGCUGAAGGGAGGAGGAUGUCCCGACGAACCAGUAUAACUACCGAUGAUGGAGUUGUACCCACUCGCUUAGCUGAUGCCAGCCGUGCAAUGGCCGGAGGAACAUCCAUUUCUGAAAACUAUGCCUUUACUGGUGUGCAUCAUAUUUUUGACCAACACAAAGAUGCUGUGACUGCUGUGAGAUUUGCCAACAAUGAUAAAAGUCUUUUGGCCUGUUGCUCUUUGGAUGGUAAACUAUCCAUCUGUCAGCUAACACCUCCACCAGCAAGUGUCUUAUACAUUCUCACUGGUCAUAAAGCUGGGAUAACAGCCUUUGAAUGGUCAAUUUCAAAUGAUCUAAUAUUAUCUUGUUCUCUGGAUGCAACUGUAAGACUUUGGGAUGCUGCUCUUGGUGUGUGUAUACGAGUUGUAGAAGAUCCAUUUAGUGCAUCUGUACAAUGCUGCACAUUUCAGCCUUUGAAUAAUAACAUGGUUGUGAUUGGAAACAGUAAAGGAAUGGUCCAAGUUCUAAAUGUUUCUACUGGAAUAUACUUGAAGGUAUAUUACUUUUAUAAAAUAUGUUAGUUAUUGAAUAGUAAUCUGUGAUUUUUCAAUAAAUUUCUCAAA